UGACUUAGUACAACCUACUCUCGCUGAGAAUCGUCUGCUAGUUUCCAAUUUCUCUCCUCGAAAAGCUAAAGAGAAAUUGAAAAACUUGUUCGCGAGUGAUACUCGAAUUUUUGCUUUUAUCCAAUCACCGGAAAUGGGUUUUUCCUGCUCUUCGUGAUUUACAACGCGCCACUUGAAAAUCAAAUAAAAUCCCGUGUUAUGUAACUUUGGAGGACUCUAACCAAUAUUCGGUUUUUGAAUAUACUUGAUCUUGAAAACAAAUUUAAGUUCUAAUAGAAAUUGAUAAUAUUUAAGUCAAGUCUCAUCAAUUGAAUUUUAUGCAAAUUCAAAGGCUAGUUCGAUUAAAUAAAUAAUUGAUAUUAAUUUUAAUGAGGUUGUUCUUGGCGAGAUAGAAAAAGACAUUUUCUUUUGGUAAAGUUUCAAGGACUGAGUGCGGAGUGUAUUAAUUAAAAUUAUAUUGAAAAAAAAAGUUUGUAAUGUUUUUUGUUGGGUGAAAGUCGAAAAUAAUGAGUGAUAAAAAGAUAAUGAGGAACCGGAAGCGAGUGGAAGAGCCGCGAAGAAUGAAAACGACCUCGGAAGAGUUGAGAAACAGGUCGAGGUCAAGGACCAGUGAUGACGUCAUACUGAACAAACCCCUUUUCCAGAAGGAGCGUGGCAUCUCAGAUAUGCCGGGAGGCAUCGAAAAAUACCAACUGGGAAGGCGAGAAAGGAUAGAACAGGUCCAUAUGAAUGAAAAGGAUGAAGUUCUAGAUUACGGGCGACCGAUUCAAAUAGUUCUCGCACACACGGAUCACACCUUCGAGCUUGACGAAGAUGCCUUGUCGAGUAUUUUACUCCAGGAGGAAAUCAAGGACAGAAGUGUCGUUGUCGUGUCGGUCGCGGGAGCCUUCAGAAAAGGCAAAAGCUUUCUCCUCGACUUCUUCCUCCGUUACAUGAACAGCAAGUACACUGAGCAAAAAGUGAGUGAAGACGCAUGGCUAGGAGGCGACAAUGAUCCACUCAGUGGUUUUUCCUGGAGAGGAGGAUCCGAACGAGACACAACCGGUAUCCUCAUGUGGUCCAAAGUCUUCCUGAGCACCUUACCCAAUGGCGAAAAAGUCGCUAUAAUUCUGAUGGACACCCAGGGAACAUUCGACAGUCAAUCUACCGUGAGAGACUGCGCGACAGUGUUCGCCCUGAGCACAAUGCUCUCCUCAGUUCAGAUCUACAAUCUCUCCCAGAAUAUCCAAGAAGAUGAUCUUCAACAUUUGCAGCUCUUCACCGAAUACGGUCGACUCGCUUUGGAAAAAUCGGGCAGCACUCCUUUCCAGAGGCUUCAGUUUCUCGUCAGGGACUGGAGUUAUCCCUAUGAAGCGGAAUAUGGAUCCGAUGGUGGACAGAAGAUUUUGGAGAGGCGACUACAAAUAUCGGACAAACAGCAUCCGGAAUUGCAGAGUCUCAGAAAACAUAUCACUGCAUGUUUUUCGGACAUCUCGUGCUUCCUUAUGCCGCAUCCUGGUCUAAGUAUCGCCACAAAUCCGAAAUUCGAUGGCAGACUGUCCGACAUCGAACCGGAGUUUAAAAAGCAAUUGAAAAAGCUGGUUCCGAUGUUACUGUCGCCAGAAAAUUUGGUUACAAAGAAAAUCAACGGACAAAUCGUCAAGGCAAGAGAACUUGUCGAAUACUUCAAAAGCUAUAUCAAAAUUUACAAAGGGGACGAGUUACCCGAACCAAAAAGCAUGCUCGUGGCGACUGCCGAAGCGAAUAAUUUAUCAGCAGUUGCCGACGCGAAGGAAUUGUACAUGCAAAUGAUGGAUUGCGUUUGCGGUGGAGCGAAACCUUUCCUGGCGACGGCGCAUCUCGAAUCGGAACACCAAAGAUGCGUUGACAAAGCAUUGCACCAGUUUCAGAAUAAACGAAAAAUGGGAGGAGACGAAUUCAGUCAAACUUACAUGGAGAAAUUGCAGAAGGAUAUGGAUGAAUCAUUUCUUCAAUUUAAGGCGCACAACGAGAGUAAAAACAUUUUUAAGGCUGCGAGGACUCCGGCAGUGUUUUUCGCAAUUGCCAUUACGAUGUACAUCCUUUCUGGAAUUUUCGGCCUUGUGGGUCUCAAUACACUUUCAUAUUCAUGUAACGUUACCAUGGGCAUCGGUCUGCUCACUCUCGCACUUUGGGCAUACAUCAGGUACAGCGGCGAAUUCCGGGAGGUCGGCUCAAAAAUAGAUGAAGUGGCGAGUGCACUUUGGGAAAAUAUCAUGAAGCCGCUCUACCAACAAUUUGUUGAGAAAUCCGUGACCUCUGCAGUGGCUCAAGCUGCCGAAUUCGCGACAAAUUCGACGAUAAAUGCAACAGUCAGUGCAAAUGGUAAAAUGAAACAAACUUAACGAUCGAUCACGAUCUCUCUGCUUAGAACAAUUUUAAGUGCGCUAGAAAAAAUGCAGGCAGUGCCACGCGUUUGUGUCGGAAAAAAUUUUGGAAAAUAGUUUGGAAAAUACUUGGAAAACAAAAGAAAAAGAAGCUAAAGUGUGAGAAACUAAACUGAAAAUACAUAAAACCGUUCGGAAAAAAGAAAGGAGAAAAGUGGGGAGGUUAACUUUUAUAUUAGGAUUCGAUGUUUCGAAUGUACAGUAAACUCUGAUUAUAAAUCAGUGUUAGAUUGUUGAAGAUCGCGGAUUAUUAUUGCUAUUAUAUGGUCACUAAUAAUUGAAUUAAUAUAUUAUCCUGUUAUUGAGAAAAAAAAGAAAUCCUCGUAUAGUGAGAGUGAAUUUUUAAAAUUUUUACAUCGCAUGAUACAUUUUAAAUCUAGCAAUGUUAUGAAUAUAUUAGCAAAGAAGAAAAAAGCAAAAAAGAAGGAGAAAAAUUUAGAGAGCAAAGAAAAAAUUCAAAUACUGGAAAUUGCGAGAUAUUUUAGACUUUUCGUAAUUUGCUCAAUUCGGAAACUUGAGGAAGAACAUUCACUAAUCCACGAUAGUGUUUGUUACGUAUUAUUGUAUAUUCAUAAUGAUUUUCUAAGAAGCUUUCGGUGAUAACUUAUUAGAAAAUACAUCAUCUUUUUGUGCCAGAAUCUUGUUACGAUUAUGUAUUACAACUUUUGUAAUAAAUGGACCACGUCCUCAAUUUUUUAGAAAUCACUUGAAGAUUUUCUCAGCGACAAGAGCGCCACGAACUUGGAACUAUUGGGUCAGAAUAAGUAAUAAAAAUUAUCGUUAGCAGAGGCAGCUUAGAUUCUGAUUUUGAGUUUUUCAAACUGAAUUUGAGAGUCUAUUAGGUGGAAGAAUUUGCACCAAGGACCGAUGAUUAAAUUGAAGUAGAAUUUAAAUAAUAAAUUUUAAAGGAUAAAAUGUUGUUUCGAAUCUUGCCGUUAGUCGAUCGUAAGAAAUGGAACGAUCCCCAAUCGAUGAAAAAAUCGGAACACUGCUUUUCAGUCGAAUUUUGGAAAAUUGAGUUUAAAUAUUUUUUGGAAUUUUAACAUCGAUUGGAGAAUUCGUGAAUGAAAUGAGUGUAAAUAUAUCAAAUUUUUCUACGAUUAAUUUCUGUGUAUCGUAAAUAAACCCCCGAUCUGCGCUCUCGAGAAAUUUGGGUAUUUUAAAGGAUUUUAUUAAAAAAAUUAAGUUAUUAAAAUUUGCAAAGGCGAGAAAAACUGAAAUCACAAUUUUCUUUAAAAAAUCUUCCGUUUUUCUCAGGAUAAAAGAAUCUCAAGAGGGCAGAUUGCAAAUUUUUUUCUCAUAAUACAAAAACGUUGUGGCAUAUAAACCUAGAAAUAGAUUAAUUUAGGAAUCGAGGAAAGCAGAGAUACUAACUAAUAACGAAACAGUAGGUGACGGUUUUAAUUUUUACUAAAACAAUUAAACAUUACUCUGUAUUUUUUUCACGGCGACUACGUAACAGAAUUAAAUAUUAUUUAACACAACAUACUGUAAAAAAUAGAAUAUAGUAAAGGGGCAAUCAAGAAUUUACGAAUCGACGAUGCAAACCGGAUGUUCUCGCAUUGUUUAGGUUAAUUUGUCUCGAGUGUGAACUUCGUAAUGCAAUGUUCAGAGGCAUUUGAGCAAAAGUGCCAUGAAAAUGCAGAGAGCUUGGCCUGAAAAUUUUCUUUUCUCAAAAAUGGUUUCGAUUUUUAUAGUAGAAAAUACGAGGAAAUUGUUGGGGUUUUUUUCAAAUUAAAAAUUUUUUGAUGUUUUUUUCUGGGAUGUUCAAAAAAAUUUAUCUUUGUGGUUGAUAUUUUAUAAAUUAUAUAAAAAGGGGGUUUUAAAAAUUUCUUUGAAUAAGGUUUUUGGAAAUGUUGAAUUUGAUUAUGAUUUUUUUUGCCCAGGCUCGUUGCUGAAGAGAUAAAUGUUGGAAAGAUAGGUCUGUUUUUUUCAUUUAAUUUGGAUUGAAUGCAACGCUCUCUGUACACAAAAUCACAGCGAUGUGUUGAUGCUGUGGUGUAAGUGAUCGUGGGUGGAAAUAAAUGUGUAUUUUUAUAUUUAAUGAA